AUGUCUUUAUGUGAGAAAACGGAUUGGAGCCCAUUUUUCGUCAGGAAAGCGAAUAAAUCGCAAUUGGUCUUCGUCAAAGGAUUUUAUCACAUACAUAACGUUAUUGAAUCGCUGUUGAAUGUCAAAGAAGUGCGAGUUGGUCUCGUUCGAGCUAAACUGCGGAUUUGCGGUGAGCUAUAUGAACUGCAUGCUAUUCUUGACGAGUGUGCGUUGCGUAUUUGCGUAUCACCUAAAGUGAUAAUAAAGAAAGUGAGGACUUUCUUAACUUUCUAUGUGCGAUAA